AUGGUUGGCCGGCGACGUGCCGACUUCGACCAACACAAAGACCUGAUUAUCAAACUGUACCAUGAGAAAACGCCGUGGGCCAAAAUCGAGGAAGUCCUCCUCAACGAACAUGGCUGCAGGGCAAGGGCCAGGACUAUUAUGCGCCGCUUCAAGGAGUGGGACCUCGACUUCCAUCGCGUUCAGACAAAAAGGUCUGACGAUCUCAACGACCACAUCAAAUCCUACUGGGAGGACCGCAGCACCCGGCCCAAGACGGACGAGGAGCUGCUCCAGAGGCUGCUCGCGGACGGCUUCACGGUCACCCUGAGCGCCAUCAUACAGAUCCGCAAGGAUAUGAAUCUCUACCGGCGGUGGGAUGAGAAGCUCGGCAGGUACAGGCCCGACUCGGAGCUCGGAAAGAGAGGGCGGCGGAAGCAGAAGCACUCUGCCUUCACUGACGCGAAGCUCGCCCCUCCGCCGGACGUGUCCGACCCCGAAGAUGCCCAGUCUCCCCCUCAGAGCAGCCAUCACGACGUGGCACAGCAACCUUGUAGUCCUAAGGCGCAGGCUUUGCAGACUGCGGGUGACAAUCCAGUCGGACAGCGCCAACAGCCGCCUCGUGGGCGUGCGCCUGCGUGGCCUGUGCCACAGCCUGAUCAGAGCAUCCCAUUUGCUCACCAACCGGACCAGGCGAUGAACGGGAGCGUAGACCCAGAUAUCGCAAGCAGAGAUGCCCAUAUACAAGCCCUUCUGGAUCGCGUUAACACCUUGGAGCGACACUGCCUGGCCCAUGGGAUCGGCUUGCCCUACGCGAGCAGAAGUCCAAACGUACCUGGCCCAGGAAUUCUGGCAGCUGCGGAUGGAGGACACUGGGAGACCAGUACGAGCUUCCAGCCUUGA